AUGCAAGAAGAAGAAUCGGAGGAUGGCUUUUCAUUGUAUGAAUUCUACAUGAAUCACAAUAAAAAAUCAAAAAUUGCUGUUGAGGGAGUGAAUAGAAAACCAAAGGAAGAUUUUUGCUUUUGGAAUAAACUUUGUUCCGAUGUUGAAGAUGUUUUUGAUGAAGAAACAGGCUUUGCAACUCAACCCGAGAGGAGAAUUGGUCAUUCUGCUGUUUAUUUGGCUGGAACUGAUGAAAUUUAUAUUUUUGGCGGAAGAGAAUCUGAAGAUUUGUGUGAUAUGUGGAGUUUUCAUAUUCCUACGAGAGAGUGGACUGAAUUUUAUGCAAAGAGUCGAACAGAAUGUUGGCCUUCCCCAAUGUUUGAUCAUACUGCAGUUUCGAUUAGUUUAUCCAGAAAGAGAUUUGAAAAAUUCUUGAUGAGAUAUCCAGAAAUUGGAAAAUUGAGUGAUUUGCAACAAGAUGAAAACUGCUUUCCUUUUGUCGAAAAAUUCUAUAAUCAAAUGUACAUAUUUGGAGGGUACAAUUCGAGCAAACACUUUUCCAAUGAUUUGUAUUGUUAUGAUUUUACAUUUAAGAAAUUUAUCAAGAUUGAGUAUACUGGGAAGGAAUCUGAAAUGAUUAUGGAACGAUCCAGACAUUGCAUGGUUUCAGUUAAGGAUCAAUAUUUGUACAUUAUUGGUGGAAUGACUGACAAAUCCAAAACAUUGAUGGAUGUUUGGGAGUAUGAUAUUGAUAGAAAUGUAAUGAAAUGCCUAUCAAAACAUUCAGAUCAAUAUUCUGAAUCAUUUCCCAACUCGAGAACUUAUCACUCGUGUGUUUAUUCAAAACUUAAUCAUUCCAUUUACAUGUUCGGAGGAAUUAGAAAUAAUGAAGCAUUCCAAGAUUUGUGGAGAUUUGAUUUGAGAGCUUUGCAAUGGUUUCCCAUAGAUAACAUGAAAGGUUUCGUUCCAGUGGAGAGGUUUAGACAUAAUUGUUUUAUUCCCAAUGAGGAAUCUGGAUAUUUCUUUGUGUAUGGAGGUUACAAUUUCAGACAUUCAUUUCUGGAUUACAUUUAUCAAUUUGAUUUUUCAACAUUGGAAUGGACACGUUUACAGAAUAGGAAUUAUACACAAGGUGGAGAUUUUCAAAGUAAGGGAUCUUUAAUGUUUGUGGAUUAUGAUGAAAUUCCCUGUGCAAGAUCAGGCAUGACCAGUAUCAUUACAAAGUCUGGAGAUUUGAUAAUAUUUGGAGGCAAAUCAGUGACUUGCUUGAAUGACAUGUUUUCAUGUCGAUUGCCAGGUUAUUCCAAACUCAGAGCAGGAAGGCACAAUUUACUCAUGGAAAAGAUGUAUCAAAAAUUGCAUUCUGCUGAUUCAUUUGUGGACAUUACUUUUCAAAUGAAUUGA